UACGCGUUGCGUCUUCGUACGAGAGCUGUUAUGCAGCUAGCUAGCUAUUCGUGUACUUUCGUGAAUAGGUUUGUGAAUGUUUACUGAAUAUAUAUCUAUAAAAUAGAUUUAUGAACGUAGAUAUGUGAAUAUACAUUGUAUUCAUUUUAGUAUCUUAUUCUCCAUCUGCAUUAUCGCAGUACUUUGGGUGGCUUAGCAAGAUAGCUAUCUUAUACGUAUUGGACUUUCCCCAUGGCUGUUAUUACAUCUUAGGUGACACAUGUAGCUAACAAGCACGAUUCCUCUCAAAUAUGUCAACAUAAUCCACCAAUGUCAAAGGUUCUCAAGCUACUAAACCUCUAGCUAUAAUGCCACUUGUUCACGCCAACCAACCGCAGUUGAUUCGCUCUUCUCAGAAGGAUGAGUACUAUCAAACCAGUCUCAGAAAUCAUGCCAACGACGUUUUCCAAGCUAUUGCUGGCUCCAAACGAUGGCUUCAGUGGAGAAAAGAAAUCGAAUUGCUGUCAGACCUUACAUACUAUGUACUAACAACUCUCUCAGGAUAUCAGACUUUAGGAGAGGAAUAUGUCAGCAUUGUCCAAGUCGACCCCACCAAUCGUAGGAUUCCCUCCCGAACACGGAGAGGUGCCUUCAUUUUUUUUCAUACCUUCUUGCCAUACCUCCUGGACAAGCUCCUGGUCUGCGUUGAACACGAGCUGGAGGCAGAAGAGGACGAGGUCAACCAGAAUGCCCAGCGAGAAGCAGCAUUAACCUGGAGCCCAGUGUCUUAUGUGAAGGCUUGGAUACAGAGAGCUGUUAGGAUGCUGAAUGAGCAACAGAGGAAAUCCCUCAAACCUGUGGUCUUCGCAGUGCAACAGGGAGUCACCAUCUUACACAGGGUGCAUGUGGCACUGUUCUAUAUUAGUGGUGUCUUUUAUCAUUUGGCCAAAAGGACUACAGGCAUCAGCUAUCUCAGAGUGCAUGGAAUGACAGGGGAUGACAGAACUAUCCGCACCAGUUAUCGGCUCUUAGGGGCUGUCUCUCUACUGCAGCUGGCCAUCACUCUGACACUGCAGUUUAACAACCUGAGACAGAGACAGCGUGCCAGGCAGGAGUGGAAGCAGCACAGGAACCUUUCCUCAAGCCCACAGGCUUCCAAGUCCCCAUCCUCUAAAGCGCCUCGUUGUAUCCUGUGCUUGGAAGACAGGAGACACUCCACCACAACCCCUUGUGGCCAUCUCUUCUGCUGGGAGUGUAUCACAGAAUGGUGUAACACUAAGACGGAGUGUCCACUGUGUCGAGAGAAAUUUCAGCCACAUCGACUGGUUUAUCUGAGAAGCUACAAGUAGCUGGAUGAUACACAAAAAUGACUUGACUGUGUUUCUAUUCUGCCAUAAUGUGCAAGAAUUAAUUUUUUGUGGUAAUUAUAUUUAUAAUGAAAAUAAAUGUGUAAUGCGACAAA